GGAGAUGGAUAAAAUAAGGCGGAACUAUAACCCAUCAAAAAAAAAAAAGAAACGCAUACCAAAUAUGCUAUACGGGAAUCACGAUCAUUAGUUAUAACUUCGUUUAAUUAUAUAAUACUUUUGUUUAUUUGAAUAGUUUAAGCUCUAGUUGAAGUUCUUUGGAUUCUAAUAGUUAUUUAUAAUCUAACUACCCCGACACUUCUACAUGUCGUGCGAGCCCUGUCUGAUUCCCGAGCAACAAUAUUAUUAAUGAAUAAUCCUCCUCCAACUUUAAGCCCCACCAAUUUCUCCAACCAACCUUAGAUUUAUCUGAUCAAAAGUUCAUUUAAAUCAGAGUCUAUAUAUUACAAAUCACAUAUAACAGCUUAUUCAUCAACUUAUACAAAUCAAAAAAAGAAGUCACAGUAUAAUAUCAAUAUUAUAAAUAUUAUAAUAGUAUAAUAUAUAGUAUAAUAUGUCAUUAGGGUUACUUGUCUAUGCGGCAGCCAAGCCCAUAUUUAAAAUUUAUUUCAUUAUAGCAGUAGGCUUUUAUCUAGCGAAAAAGAAUAUCUUAACGGUUGCAACUACUAGAGAUAUUGCUGAUGCUAUUGUUACUGCAAUUAUGCCAUGUUUAAUCUUUGAUAAUAUAGUAACAAAUUUAAAAAGUUCAGAUAUUAAAAAUUUAGGAAUCAUAUUUUUCACGGGAACUUUAUUAUUUAUAAUAGGUUUAGCAAUGGCUUAUGUAACUCAUAUAGUAACAAGAUCUCCAAAAAGAUGGUUAGGUGGUUUAUUAUCAGUAGGAUUAUUUCCAAAUAUUUCUGAUUUACCUAUUGCUUAUUUACAAACGUUAUCUAAAGGAGAUGUUAUCUUUACAGCUGAUGAAGGAAAUUUAGGUGUAGCGUAUGUUUGUAUAUUUUUAGCAUCUCAAGUAUUUUAUCAAUUCAGUUUAGGAUUAUAUCGUCUUAUUGAAUGGGAUUUUAGAGAAGAAUUAUUAGGAGAUUCAAUUAUUGAUGAAGAAAAGAAAUUAGAAGAUUCUAGUGAAGAAGAUAGUCAUUUUCCAAUUCAUACUGCUACAAAUCCAAAUAAUUUAAGUUUACCAAUACCUUUAGAUCCUUCACGUCCUGCCAUUAGUAUAGAUGAUGAAAUUUCUAUCACAUCAUCAUCAGAUUCUCAAGCUAUCUUAGAAAGUGCUAGCACAACAAAUGAUUCAGAACAGCCAAAUCAACACCUCUCUCCAUUACCUUCACAAUCACAAGCUCAAUCCCAAUUACAAUCUCAAUCUCAAUCUCAGCCUCAACGUCAUCCCAGCAUACUCAAAAAAGUAAGUAGCAAUAGAGAUAGUCAUCAUAUUCAUCAUAGUCAUAUUGAUCCCGAACAAGAAGAAAUUAAUCAACAUGAUGAAUUCUUAAGAGUUCGUUCUCUUAAAAAAGUUACAUCUAAUCCAAGAUCAAUAACAUCGGGAGGAAGUUCUAGAAGAAAUUCAAUUUCCAGUGUAAAUUAUAAUACUUUACAAAUGAUUCCUUCUAGAACUACUGAGUUAAGAAAAUUAAGAUCUCAAGAUAUUCAUGAUGUGAUAAAUGAAUAUUCUGAAUUUGAAAAUUUACGACAUAAUGAAAUUAAAAAGACUAUAACAGCAAUGAGUGAUGUUGGAGCUAUUUCAGUUAAAGAUAGUAGAAAGAGUACUAUAAUAGAUGAUUCUCAAGAUGAAGUACCAUUAACUAGAGGUCAAAAAUUUAAAAAACAAUUAAUUCAAACAGCUAAGAAUUUCUUAGCUCCAAAUUCAGUUUCUUUAAUUGUAUCUACUAUUAUUGCUAUGUCACCUCCAUUAAAGGCAUUAUUUGUUACUACUGAUAAUUUUACAAUUCAUCCUGCUCCUGAUGGUCAACCUCCAUUAUCAUUUAUAAUUGAUCUUACAAGUUAUAUUGGUGCAGCAUCAGUUCCAUUAGGAUUAUUACUUCUUGGAGCUACUAUAUCACGUUUACAAGUUAAAAGAAUGCCACCAGGAUUUUGGAAAACAGCAGUUAUGAUUACUGCUGCAAGAUUAAUUAUAAUUCCAAUAUUUGGAGUUGGAUUAACCACGGGAUUUCAUAAAGGUGGAUGGUAUGGAGAUGAUAAAUUAAUUCGAUUCGUUAGUGUAUUAGAAUUUGGAUUACCCAAUGCUACUGCUUUAGUUUAUUUUACUGCAUUUUAUACUGAUCCUACUUCGGAGGAUUUUCUUCAAAUGGACUGUUUAGCCGUUUGUUUAAUUUGUCAAUAUUCAAUUCUUUUCAUUACAUUACCAUUUUUAGUAACCUUUACAUUGAGUGUUUCUUUAGGGUUCUAAUGAUUUUCAAAAAUAUUUUUAUAUAUAAUUUCUUUCUUUCUUUCUUUCUUUCUUACUAAUUGCUUAUGCACCCUUUCAAAUUACUUAACCAUUGUUAAUAGAAUUAAUAGAGAAGUAAUGACACAUUAAUGACACACUAC